GAAGUAAUUAAAUACAAUCGGCCAGGUCGCCUAUCGCUUCUUUUUAAAUAUCCACACCUAUAUGACAAUAUUCAUGAAUCAAUUGAAUUUGGUUCAGCUGAUGAAAAAUGGCAAAAAGAAGUGGUUAAAGUGUGGAUAAUAGAGAAUUUACGUAAAAAUCUUAAAGAGAAUUAUGGCGUCUACAUGGCACACUAUCAUCCAGCGUGGGUCUCGGUUGCUG